ACGCAGUACGCGGACCAGAAACGACACCCUCGUCGCGUUUGUCAUCUGGUCGGUCUUCGACACCCUCUAUGAGUCUACAGACGUGCCUCGGCCAGUCUCCGGUUCAGCGAGCGCGGUAGUAUGUUCUCCCAGUAUUGCUCAGCGACACUGCUUCCGAUAGCAUAUCAAGGACAUAUUGGACAUAUAGGACCCCCGGCGAGUAUCCCGCUGAGUGGUUGCAGUAGACGCAACACCCGCCCUCUCGUUCGCCAGGGUUCUGGGGGUUCAUCAAGUGUCAACGGGCCGCGGGGUAAUCGCACGUGUAUGCGACGGUGCAACCUCGCCCGUCACACCGUCUUUCGUUAUCUCGUCACUUUGUCAAACAUCUGUCGCGAUUACUUAUUGUCAAGAUCUUAUAGAGCGGGUGUUAAUAAACCUCAUCGCACCUUUGGGGUUCGAGAUCCACCGGCACGGCGACUGUUGCAACCCAUGGGCAGAAAAAGUGGUGGGCAGUUCGCCCAGUUCUCUCCUCCCCUCUCGAAUCCUCUGGGGCUGGCUGGUCCUGGGGUUGCAGUGGGAUGGAUCGUGGCACACCAAGAGCUGCCAAGACAAGGAAGUGAAGAGAGGGCCAGCCGACCACGCGAGCUGAGGCAUGGGGGAUGCGUCAAUCUGCCGCCGUGGGAUUGAUUGAGGGUAUAUGCCAAUGCCCAUUCAUUGCCCGCGGGUUUUUUUUUACUGCCUUGCUGCCCAUGAGUUAAUAAGCUGGCUGGUUUAUAGACCCCGCCGCCAUGAACUCAAAACAAGAAUACCGGUCAAACAGAGG